AUGGAGCUUAGCGAGAGGCACCGCUGCGCGCACGCAGGCCAUUCGGGGCGCACGUCCGCUGCGGACAUGCAGUGUGUGGGGCUGCGUCGCAGGCCGCGCCACGCGGCGGCAGAGGGGGCCGCGGGGCAAAACGACACUCCGGUGACUGUCGUAUUCCGCGCCCACACGGACAGCGUUGCCGCGGCGCCGUUUCUCUACUGUCCAAAAAACUACAACCGCCCCAUGCCGAGCGAGGGGGAGGGAUUCACGGAAGCCAUUAUUGAAAUUUGUUUUCCCGGCGACGCGCACGUCGUCAGCAGCGGUGGUGACGGCAGGGGUGCGGGCAGUUGUCCCCGCCAGCCCGGCAAGGAGGGGCACGCGACGUCGUCAGCGGCCACACCGACGAUGCCCAGCCCGAUGGACGCGGCGCAUCGGGUGCCCGCCUCGCUUGCGCCAGCGGGAGCGGCAUUGACGGAGGCUGCACAUGCGGUUUCGUUUGCGGGCGGCACCGCGACACAGUCGAGCGCAUCACGGCGGCAGCCGCAAUCACAGCCGCCACAGCCACAGGCAGGCCUUUGCACGUCAUCUGCGGCUGUGGCCUCUUCCAGGCAUGACAGCUGGGUCUGCCGUGCGUAUUGCUUUGGCGAGAAGGACGCGGCGCACGCGAAUGGCGCAAUCAGCGUCCACCAGUCGUUGGCGAACAAAAGUCCGUUUAUCAACGACAUCGCAAAGGGCAAGGCACUGGCGCGUGUGGUGCCAACCUACGACGAGGUGCGGGAGCGGUUCGGCUUAUCGCACGUGGAGUUGUCUUUUGAGAACCAGUUCGUGUCACGCGCCGACAUGUUUCUGAUAUCGGAGGCGCUGCGGGACCGCAUUCUGUACGCGGGCGAGGAGGUGGCGCUGUGCGGGUUCAGGAUGAGGGUGAAUGAGAUGCUCCGCGUCCUGCAGCCGGCGGCGGAGAGCCCCGUCGCGGGGGCGUUGCCGCAGUGCGACAACGUCAAGAGCAGCGGCAGCUGCCGCCCGGCGCCGCCGGACGCGGAUGGCGAGCACAAGGCGGUUGACCCCGCCUGGGCGGCAGCGAAGGCGUCCGGGGCGCAGCGCGCCUCCGCCCAAUCGCACACCCCGCUCCCCCAGCAGCCGCAGCAAGACGAAAAGAAGGAGCGUCGCUACCGUCGCGUGCAGAGCGGGCUCGUGACAAGCGAGACGUUGGUGAAUUUUCGCUCCCUCUCCGCCGUGCACCACGUCAUUAUUGAGAUAUCCAAGGAGAUGUGGGACCCCACGGUGGACGGCCGUAUCACGCUCUCGUGGGUCAUGAAAAACUUUCUUAGGGAGUACUUGACGCAGCAGCUGCAGCGGCACAAGGCCUCCCUCCUCAUUCACGUCUUGAUGGUGGGGCGGCUCUACCCACAGUACGCCAUCAGGGGACACGUCGACGUCCAUCACGCGAUGACGAUCACGCACGACUAUCGCUCCCCUUCGCUUGUGGAGGAGGUGGAGCUUCAGUGCGAGGUGUUUCUUCGUCGCGUGCUGCACGAGGUCAAGGCCAACUUAAGAGAGCAGGCGGGGGACGCGUUGCCUGCCUCUCGUGCGGCGGCUUCCACCGUCGCCACCGCGGGGCUCGCCGAGGCGCUGACGGAGCAGCACCUCUUUGUUCACGCCAAAAACAGCUGCACGAUGGCGUCCAUAAACCUUGUGCUUGAGAACUGCAUCCAGCGGCAGUGGGAUGCGAACACGGGCUACCUCAUCAGUGUCAUCUCUGCCGGAAAAGGGCUCUAUCAAGUCACCAAUGACCUACUGCAAGUCACCUGCACACGCCUCUACGACCUUGGGAUUGAGAAGGUCAACAUUAUUUGUAUGGGCCGCCCACCGCUGCACACCACACCGCUGCUGGAGUACUUAUCGGAGGACAAAACGCUUCGCCCGCAGUACCACCUGCGCGUGGACGAGGGCAAUCGCCGCUUCUACGAGAGACCGGAGUGGGCACGCUGCUUUUUCUACCACCCUGCUGCGGACGCCACCUCGUGCGGUCGCAUGGCGUUUGAGCUUCUCACAAGGGAGGAGUGGAUGCAGCGGCAUCGUGCGAUGCAGGGGGGCACCGAUCACUUUGUUCCGGGACUGGGGUUGCCAAUGGCGCCACUGGAGGACGUUUUAUUGCCAGUGAUGGCGACGGAGCAAGUGGGACAGGUCUUCCGCAGCGCCUCGCGGGCGUCGGACUUGGACGCGCUCCUCACCCCGAAGUUUACUUCCGCACAGCCAGCCCCGCUAGAGGGCGGCGGGGCACACAGCCGCCCGUUACCUCCUACUUGUUCUUCUGACACGCCCGUCACGGCGCAUCCGCGUUCGCGUCUCGCUGGAACGCGUACCGAGCACGAAGGCGCGAUGCGAGGGGAGAAGCUUGCUCUGCCGCGGAGACCCGGCGCACUGCACCUGGAGGGGGAUGCGAAGACGUGCACCACGCCUAGGCAAGGCGGUCGGCCGUUCCUCCUAGCGAGAUGGUACUGCCACCACGGCUGCGGGGUGGGUCGGCAGCAGGCGCCGAGUCGCGAAUGCAUGUACAGUGUCAUCAUCAACAGCACUCAGGAGAAUGCCGGGGAUGGACGCGCAAGACACGGCGGGCUGGAGCUGGAAGCGGCCGGCGUCGUCCCCUGCGGGUUGAACAUUCUCGAUAGCGAUCUGCAGAGCGGGUACGUGUUCCUCAGGCUUUGCAUUGAUGCGUCUGUCGCGCCGCGGGUGCGGUGGUCGCCAAAAAUUCUCACCGACGCGGACGUGUGGGCCGUGCUGAUGGGUGCCUUCUCGGGCGAGGACAACCGCCUCUCCGAGGAGGAGCAGACGCACUUCGUCUCCCACCUGCGGGCGGUGGACAUCUUUUGCCGCGCCUUCUCCGCCAUCAUGGCGGACGGACUCACGUUGAUCUUGGCGUCGCGCAGCAGCACGGUGACGUUCGCGACGCCGGAGGAAAUCAUCUUCACAUAUCGCCCAGCCCUGUUUGAGGCUGACGACGACCUCGCCCCGUUUUCAAUGACCGUCGCCCACGUGCAGAUACGCAACAGCGUGUUGUUUGCCAUCAAACCCACAGGCCCCUACCGGCCGGCGACGGAGACGGAGACGGCGGCAGCGGCCUCGCACAACAUCACCACCGAUGUGCUGCUGCGUCGACGUUGGCAGUUUGCCCACCCCGAGUUGCCGUCCCCCGCGGCGCAGCAGUCCCCAUGGACGGCGCUGUGCCACUGCAAAAUUCUCCCCAUCUAUGGGACCAAGUCACCCUAUCAGCGCGACUGCUUUUUUGGUAUCCCUACCCAUCAGUAUUCUGUCUCGAUUCGGGAGAGUAUGCAGCUGUUGGAGUACGUCCUGCAACGGCUGCACCAGCAGUACCAGAUCGUCGUGGUUGGCGCCUCCCUGGCAGGGAUACAGUGGCCGCGGGAGGAGCCCACACGGAAUGCGCGGCUGGAUUUGUCCAUUGGGCAUCAGGUUCACGAGUUAAAGAUUGGUGAGGCGGGACAGAGCAUCUCUGUGACGCGCAUGCUACACAGCGGCAUGUACAGCAACGCCUCUGUGACCCACGCGAUAUCCUACUCCUACCUCCUCCUUAACUAUCUGCGGCCUGGCUUCAGCGUCCGCAGGCUUCGGCUGGAGACGCAGAUUGGGGAACAGGCCGGUUUCCGAUGGGAGAGUCUCGACUCCUACCUCCGCGACCGUCACCGCCCGGGGGUUUUCCUCCCGCGCAACCCGGAGUGGUCGUUGCGGGAGGGCAAGUUUUGCCUCGCCUUGCUGCGAGACGCCUUUGACGCCCCACCCGUCUCCUACGAGGAGUUCGCCAUGUUUAUCAACCACCGCUUCUGCGCACACUUCACGAUGAAAGGGACCGCGGCGGGGGAGGAGGAUAGUUCCGCUCUGACGACCAACAUUCCGGACACGAUGGACUGGCCGGACGCCAUGCCUACCCGCACCGUCACGCUCAACCACGAGAACCCACUGACGCUCAAGCCGCACUGCCUGUUGGACCACAAGACAGGGCGCACGCUCUGCCUGGAGGCGCCCACCAGGAAUCGCAUGCUCUCCACGGAGGUGCGAAUACCGGCAACCUACAGUCCCAGGUGCCACUGCCUACUAGAGCUGUCUUGGUUGGUUUGCAUCACACCGAUAAUUUCAGAUUGGAUAAAUUCGAUUUUUGCCGGUGCUGCGCGCUUCCGGUUGCGGGCGGUGCCUCUCCCUUGCCCUUGUCCGACUGUGAAGAGCGGUUUCUUCGUGGUCAGAUACACAGUUCGGGCUCGGAAUAGCGAGGAGGAGCCACUUUUUCGCCGGCGUUUGCUUAGUCUCCUAACGAAUAGCACAUACCGAUACUUCCCCGACGUAACCGUAAUGAAUCGCAAUUGCCGACUGCUGCACUUUAGCGGUCUGUGCUACGUGACCUCGCAGUCGGAGGGGACGGUGGUGGCGCGCUGGUUUGAAAACCCGAUGCUGCGUACUGGGCAGCCGGAGCACCAGCAGCUGCUGCGUGCGUUCGCCCAGGCAGUGCAACUUGUGCGUUCUGAGGUGGAAUCGCCUUGA